CAUUUAGAAGUUUUUGUUUCAUUCAAUUUUAAUUGUAUCUUAACCCCAGGAUUAAAAAAUAAAAUUUUAAUGCUAUGUAAAUUAUAAAUGUCAUUUUCCAUAAAAAGCAUAUAUAAUAAUGCUCUGAAAAAACACGUUUAAGCUGCUGAACGUUUGUAAAUUAUAGCGAAGUAUAUACUUAAAAGAAAGCAUGGCUGAUGAAAGUGGAAUCCCUUCUGGACUUGAACAGUAUCUUCCACCUGUAUAUUGUAGCUCAGAUAAAUGUACAGAAGACAACAUCCCAUUUGAAAGUUCCUUUCCAGUUGAGGCACCAAAUGAUUCGUGUGCAUAUUCCUUUUGCUCUAAAGAAAAUAUACACCAGUCUUUAUCAUUUCUAGCCCGUGAACUUUCUAAUAUUGGUUUCCCAACAAUAAAAAUCAAUGGAUCUUCAAAGUUUGACAUCAUUCAGCUAGUUAAUGCUACUUAUGAUCUCCUUCAGCUGAACAAGCAGAAUAUAAAAUUAAGAGAUGAUCUGGAGUAUAGACAUUUGAGAACAUCGAGUGACCUUGAUCAAGUUCAUAACUCCCAGAACCGCCUCAGAGAAGAGUUGGAACAGAAUAAAAGAACUGUUUCUUUUUGCCAAGAAAAAGAGAGGCAGUUAUUAAUAAAGAAUAAAGAUUUACAGAUCAAGCUGAAGGCUGAAAAAGAUGAAGUGAAGAGAUUAACAUCUAUAAUUCAACAAAAACAUGCCCAGUACCAUCAUGAUCUCAGGAAGAAAGAAAGAGAAAUUAAUCAGUUAAAGGAACGACUUCACCAGUCUUUUAAUGAUAAAGGUUUGGAAAAAAGACUAGGAAUAGACAUUAUUAAUCAAUUGCCAAGAAAAGAUGGAAGGAGAGGCCAAUGGAAAACAGAAUUAAAAACCAAUCUACAGGAAGAACAACUUCAGCAGGUAGUUUUGGCAAAUUAUGAAUCUAGAUACCAGGAACUCAUGGAAGAAAAUGCUAAGCUCCGUGAUUCUCUCUGCUAUCUUCAAGAUCAAUUGCAGGCAUUACUGGAUCAACCUUUAGAGUGUGAAGAAAAUCAUAAUGGAGUGAAAAAAGAAGAAGAAGAUUUCUCAGAAGUAAAGUUACAUUGCUCCAGUGCAACAUCCAGAAAUAUACUACCCAGUCCCCACUUCCAGAUGCCAUACAAUAUUGUUUGUAGCAAGAUUGAGGAAAUAAUCAGCACUAAGUGUGAAAAGAUAAAAGAGCUCCUCAAAGAAAAGAAUAACAAUUUUGCAAUGAAGGAAGCUACUCAAGAAGAGAAAAACCUAAAUUCAGAAAUCCAAGCUUUGAGAGAGAAGAUAAAGAAGUGUGAACAAAUCAUUGAUCAGCAGGAACAGUUGUUGCAAGUAAAUGUGAAUGCUGAAGAAACUCAAAGUCACAAACUGAAAGGUGGACAUAUAUUAGACGAAGAGGAGAGAUUCUUAGAGGAAAAAAAUUUUUUCAUGGAACAGAAAAGACACUUUGAUGAGGAGAGAGAAGUUUUUACAGAAGCUGUAAUUCGUCUUGGUCGAGAAAGACAAGCUUUUCAACUGGAAAAAGCUGAGUUCAUGAAAACCCAGUUCCUGGCUUUGAAGACUCCUUCUAGAGCUGAGUCUCAACUGAACCCUGGUACACCUUUAUUUACCUCUCCUGAUGGAAGAGUUCACCCACUUCCAUCUACUCCAGAACUCUACCAUAUGUUGUCCAUCACUCCUCUCUCAGGAACAAGGGUAAGGAGGAAAAAAAACAGAGGUAAGAAAGGUGAAGACAGUUCCAAUAAUGAAAUAUCUUGGCCACUUCUCAAAAGAGAAAAUCUGCAGAAUGAUAAUCUUUCACUGGGGAGUGACCAGAGCCACGAGGAAUCGACUUCAAAUUACAGAAAGUUAUCUAUUGACCAACAUAUUGAUGGUUUGAAAAUGGCAAUGUUUCAGUGUAAGAGUAAAUCAGAAGUUUUAGCUAGUGAAUAGAUAAUCAGUAAUUUAUUGAAAAACUACAAUAAAAAAAUUAAAAUUUUGAGUUUAUAUUGAAUAUAUUUUGACUUCAACACACAACUGCCAUUUACUAAGAAACAUUAACUUUUUUUCUGUUUCUCAGGUUAAUGUUAAGAAUGUAUCCCGCACCCCAUUGCUCAAGUGUUAUAUUAUAGCCCAAUUUUCAAUUAAAAUUAUCUCAUUUUUUUCUAACAAUAAAGAAUAAUUAACACAGUAUUUGUUAUUUUUCACAUUAUGUGAAAUAGAUGCAUCAAAAUUUUGUUAUCAACUUUACAGUUACAAAAAUAAUUCAGCUUUCAUUAACUAAUUUGUAAAAAAAUUAUCCUUUUAUUAUGGAAGGUUUAAAACUAUCAUGUCAUCUAUUGUGUGUAUAUAUAUGUGCAUUUCUUUAAUCUUGUGAUUAAAAGUACUGGUUUAAUAUGUGAUAGUGUAUUAAGUGAUCGUCACUACUCCAUUCAGGAGUUCUAGUGUUUCAAUAAAUAUAUAUACGAGGAGUUAAUACUACUAAUUUAUAUAAAUUUUGCAUUUCAUAGUUGUAAAUUGAAUUGGAAACCCAUAACAGUUUGUACAGUAAUAUGUAGAAGCCUAGUCUAAGGAAAUGUAUAGUAUUAAAAGAUAAUUGUUUAUCAUACAGCCAAUUAUUGAAAGUACAGGUUUUAGCAUACUUCUUACAAACACGUUAUUGGUCUGUAUUUUUCACAUUAAAAUUGUUGCUUACCACCAGUAACCAAUUUUUUAAGAUUAACUUUAUCCACACACAUUGUUUUUGUAAACUUACCGAGUCAGUCAGUCAUAUGAAUACAUUUUGAGUACUGAAAGUAGAUAUACAAAAUAUCUUUUCUUGGCAUUAUAAUAGGUAAUAGGAUUUUGUUAGUGUGGCUUUUGAGGUUUUAUGGAAGAAAAAAUUUUUUUUUGUUUUUAGUGGUUAAAUUAUACAAUAUCUGAUGAUUUACAUUAAAUCAUUUUUAUGAAUUAUAAAUAAUUGUAUACGAAGUUGUUUGUUAUCCAACUUUAAUACGUUAAUUGAAAGCAAAAAACAUUUUGUUCUUUACAUCAUUAGAGAAUUAUCAGUUCAAAAGUAUUUAUGGUAAUUAGUAUGUUAAAUGCCUUAUCUGCAAUUUGUAAAAAUAUAUUUACUCAUUUUUUCAGUGCCUUUAGUGGGAGUUAUUUGUGAGAACCUGUCAAAAUUUUAUGCAGCAGGCUAUUAGCUCAAGUUAUAUGUAAACAAUGUCUUCCAUUAUCAGCGUUUGUGAUAAAAGUGGCUUAUUGAGUCAUGAAUUUUCAGUUUUCUUGUAAGUUGUAUGCUUUAAAUUUUAAAAAAGCAUCUCGGCUUCAAAUUUCCAAAUUUUCACGUUGCAUGUUAUUCACCCAUUCUGCAUGUCUGUAUAACCAAACUAUCUUUGUUUGAAUUCUCAAAAAAAUUGAAACAAUUAUAAAAGUUAUAAUUUUUCAAAAAUCUGAAAUGCUUUAUAGAUAUCAACAAGAGCAAAUGUUGCACUUGGCAAGCCAAAACUAACCAUAAAAGAUGCACCUUUAUUAUAUCAAAUUAUAUACAAGGUGAUUAUUCUCAAACGGAUCAUUUAAUAUCCUUUCCUGCUGAAGUUAAUUAAGAAUAUACCCUUAGCAUUUGUGGGUAAUAUUUUACAUAUUAGUAAGUCAUUAUUGGAAGAAGUCAUUUUUACAAUUACAUGACUUGUUUCGAUAGUGCUGGAACUUGGCUAUCAGCUGUUGAAGUUCAAGUGGUAGGUGAAAUCACUGUUGUAAUUUCAAGAAUUAUUCAACAUCACCCAGUCUAAAAUUUGCGAUUGGUUUGUUGAAUUGAUGUGCAAAAAGUCAGAUACUUGAUUGUCCAAAAGUAUUUGAAAAUAUUUUUAUUACUUUCAUGAUUCAUUACAUAUGGUUCCAAAAUUUUUUGUAUUAAGUGCCUUUUUUUGUAUUAUGAUUUGAAAGAAAUAUAUAGAUUAGUAUGUACAAGGAUAACCUAUGAUGUAUAUUUUAGAAAUUGCAUAUCAUUGUAAAAUUAAGCAGCAACUUAAAUUUUACCAUUUUGUUGGGCGUUAUCCAGUUUUUAUUUAUUUCAUACUGAAGUGGGUUUAAUUUAAAUGUUAUAUUUUAUUUGUUUGAAUCGGUUUGUGGUUACGUUUUGAUAUACUGUAAUUAACAGUGAAAUCAUAUGGAAAUAAAAACAUUUUUAAUCUUA